ACAAGAGAGUCUCUCAGCAUAGCGCACGAAACCAAGCCACACGACGUAUAGCGGGAUGAAAUGAAAGCCGUUUAAUUAUUUAUUAUUUCUUUCUUUGGGCAGAUAAAGCAGAUGCUGCAGAGGAGGGAUGGGAGCAGAAUUUUUUUUCGUUUCAUCAGGAAGAGAGCCACUGAAAAUGCACCAGUUUCAGAUUUGACUUAAAGGGAGAAGCCGUUAUACGUAGCCUAUGUAUAUCAUCAUCGUUUCUUCUCCUGAAAUAAAUUGUCGUUUCUCAUCAAGUGGUGGACCUUCUCUCGUCUGCCAUGGCUCUCGUUGUCCAACUGAAAAGGGUUACGGACCUUCGGGGAAAGGGAGACAGGAUCGCUAAAGUGUCAUUCCGAGGGCUGUCCUUCUACACGCGUGCGCUGGAGAACUGCGAGGACGAGGCCAGGUUCGACGAGACAUUCAGAUGGCCAAUCGCGAGUAAGAUUGAUGGCAACGAGAUGUUGGAGAUUCAGGUCUUCAACUACAGCAAAGUCUUCACAAACAGGCUGGUCGGAACCUUCCGGAUGGUUCUACAGAAGGUGGUGGAGGACGGUCAGCUGGAGAUCUCCGACACCCUGAUCGAUGACAACAACACGGCCAUACAGACGAGCGUCUCCAUAGAGAUAAAGUACCAGGCCAUGGACGGGUCGGGGGGAGUCUGGAGCGACGGGGAAUUCCUCGACGUUCCCGGCGAGCAGGACGCGGCGUUCCAGUUCGAGACGGACAGCCUGCUCUCCGGACACAGCCAGGGGUCGGGCGUGUCUCCCGGGAGGUCCAGCUCCGGCCUGCCCUUCAGGAAGGCCGGGAUCUUCUCCGCCAUCAAGCCACGCAAGGGACGCCCCCCGAAGGACGACCACAGGAAAGGAGACGAGCCGGCGGUUCUGGAGACGGAGGAUCUGGACCGCAGGGCCAUGCGUCUGGGCGGGGGGCUGGACCCGGACUGCAUUUCUCUGGCCUCCGUCACGGCUGUCACCACCAAUGUCUCCAACAAGAGAUCGAAGCCGGACAUUAAGAUGGAGCCCGGGGCAGGGCGGCCAGUGGAUUACCAGAUCAGUGUGACGGUGAUUGAAGCGCGUCAGCUCGUCGGGCUGAACAUGGACCCCGUGGUCUGCGUGGAGAUCGGGGAGGAGAAGAAGUACACCUCCAUGAAGGAGUCCACAAACUGCCCCUAUUACAACGAGUACUUUGUCUUCGACUUCCACGUGCCCCCUGAUGUCAUGUUCGACAAGAUCCUGAAGUUGUCUGUGAUCCACUCCAAAAACCUCCUCCGCAGCGGGACCCUCGUCGGCACGUUCAAGCUGGACGUCGGCACCGUCUACUCACAGCCCGAGCACCAGUUCUACCACCGGUGGGCCAUGCUCUCUGACCCCGAUGACAUCACGGCCGGGGGCAAAGGUUACGUGAAGUGCGACGUGGCCGUGGUGGGGAAGGGCGACAACAUCAAGACGCCGCACAAGGCCAACGAGACGGACGAGGACGACAUCGAAGGGAACCUGCUCUUGCCGGAGGGGGUGCCGUCCGAAAGACAGUGGGCCCGCUUCUACGUGAAGAUCUACCGGGCCGAGGGACUGCCCAAGAUGAACACCAGCAUCAUGGCCAACAUGAAGAAGGCCUUCAUCGGGGAGAACAAAGACCUGGUGGACCCCUACGUCCAAGUGCUCUUCGCUGGGCAGAAGGGGAAGACCUCGGUGCAGAAGAACAGCUACGAGCCCGUGUGGAACGAGCAAAUCGUCUUCACCGAGAUGUUCCCGCCGCUUUGCAAACGCAUGAAGAUCCAGAUUCGAGACUCGGACAAGGUCAACGACGUCGCCAUCGGGACGCACUUCAUCGACCUGCGGAAGAUCGCCAACGACGGCGACAAAGGCUUCCUCCCCACGAUGGGCCCGGCCUGGGUGAACAUGUACGGCUCCACGCGGAACUACACGCUGAUGGACGAGCACCAGGACCUGAACGAGGGCCUGGGGGAGGGCGUGUCCUUCCGCGCGCGGCUGCUCAUCGGCGUCGCCGUGGAGAUCCUGGACAUCGCCGCCGCCGAGAUCGUCAGCUCCACCGAGGUGCAGGUGGAGGGCGUGUCCAACGUCUCCGAGUCAGCCACCGGGAAAGUCGAGGAGUUCUUCCUGUUUGGGGCGUUUCUGGAAGCCACUAUGAUUGACAGGAAGAUUGGAGACAAACCGAUCAACUUUGAGGUUACAAUAGGCAACUACGGUAACCAGAUUGACGGGGUGAGCAAGCCGGCCUCGACCAAAAAGAAGAAGAAAGACGGAGGAGAGAGUGAGGAAGAGGAGUCUGAGCUGAUCCAGAACUCCAGCGAGGAAGAGGCCGAUGAUGAUGGAGACCUGAUGUCCGUCUCCUCCACCCCGCCCAUGAAGCCCGUCAUCACAGACAGGAAUUACUUCCACCUGCCGUACUUUGAGAAGAAGCCGUGUAUCUACAUCAAGAGCUGGUGGCAGGACCAGCGGAGGCGGCUGUACAACGCCAACAUCAUGGACAAGAUGGCCGACAAGCUGGAGGAGGGCCUGAACGACGUUCAGGAGGUCAUAAAGACGGAGAAGGCCUUCCCUGAACGCAGGCUGCGAGGAGUCCUGGAGGAGCUCAGCAUCGGCUGCAGUCGAUUUGUGACCCUGGCUAACAAAGACCAGAACCAGGCGGGCAGAACCAAGUUGGACCGGGAGCGGCUGAAAUCCUGCAUGAGAGAUGUGGAGAAUAUGGGUCAGCAGGCCAAGAUAAUCCGCUCUCAGGUGAAGAGGAACACAGUGCGGGACAAACUCAAACUCGUGCACAACUUCCUGCACAAGCUCCGCUUCCUGGCAGACGAGCCCCAGCACAGCAUCCCGGACGUGUUCGUCUGGAUGAUGAGCAACAGCAAGCGCGUGGCCUACGCCCGCGUCCCGUCCAAGGACAUCCUGUACUCCAUCGUGGACGAGGAGAGCGGGAAGGACUGCGGGAAGGUCAAGGCCGUGUUCCUCAGGCUCCCCGGGAAGAAAGGCUUCGGGCCGGCGGGCUGGACGGUGCAGGCCAAGAUGGAGAUGUACCUGUGGCUCGGGCUCAACAAGCAACGCAAGGACUUCCUGAGCGGCCUUCCCAACGGCUUCGAGGAGGUGAAGGCCACCAAAGGCCCCGGCCUGCAGUCCGUGCCCCCCAUCAGCCUCGUCUACAACAUGAAGCAGGUGUUCCAGCUCCGGGCGCAUAUGUACCAGGCGCGCAGCCUGUUCGCGGCCGACAGCAGCGGCCUCUCAGACCCCUUCGCCCGCGUCUUCUUCUCCACCCACAGCCAGGUCACAGAGGUGCUGAACGAGACCCUGUGCCCCACCUGGGACCAGCUCCUGGUGUUCGAUAACGUGGAGCUCUACGGCGAGGCCGGCGAGCUUCGGGACGACCCCCCCAUCAUCGUGGUGGAGAUCUACGACCAGGACACUGUGGGCAAGGCGGAGUACAUUGGGAGGACCUUCGCCAAGCCCAUCACCAAGAUGUCGGACGAGCACUACGGGCCCCCCCGCUUCCCCCCGCAGCUGGAGUACUACCAGAUCUACCGCGGGAACUGCACGGCCGGGGACCUGCUGGCGGCCUUCGAACUGCUGCAGGUCGGCCUCGCCGGUAAAGCGGACCUGCCCCCGAUCGACGGGCCCACUGAUCUGGACCGAGGACCCAUCCUACCGGUUCCCCUGGGAAUUCGACCUGUGCUGAGCCGAUACCGGAUAGAGGUGUUGUUCUGGGGUCUCCGGGACCUGAAGCGGGUUAACCUGGCCCAGGUGGACCGCCCACGGGUGGACAUCGAGUGUGCAGGGAAGGGGGUCCAGUCCGCGCUCAUCCAGAACUACAAGAAGAACCCCAAUUUCAGCACGCUGGUCAAGUGGUUUGAGGUGGACCUCCCGGAAAACGAGCUCCUGCAUCCUCCGCUCAACAUCCGCGUGGUGGACUGCCGAGCGUUCGGCCGAUACACGCUGGUGGGGUCCCACGCCGUCACCACCCUCCGCAAGUUCAUCUACAGCCCGCCCGACAAGACCGCCAACAACUGGGCCUCCACAGCCCGGCUGAUGAACAGCUGCAUGGCGUUUGCCAACGGGACGUCCCACUCUCGCCCCCUCUCUCCCCCCACAGGGGACAUAGUGGUUACCAUGGAGCCGGAGGCCCCCGUCAGGAAGAUGGAGACCGUCGUCAAGCUGGACGCUACCUGUGAUGCCGUCGUUAAGGUUGAUAUGAACGAAGACGAGAAAGAGAAAAAGAAGAAGAAGAAGAAGAAGAAGGGGGAGGAGCCGGAGGAGGAAGAGCAGGACGAGAGCAUGCUGGACUGGUGGUCCAAGUACUUCGCCUCCAUCGAGACCCUCAUGGAGCUGCUGCGGGCACAGGAAGCAGCCCAGCUGGAAGCGGAGGAGAAGGAGGACCUGGAGAUCGCGGCGGAGAGCGCAGAGAUCAAACCUGAUGACUCUCCCAUGAAAGGCUCGAAGGGGAAGGACAAGUCACGUGACAGAGCCAAGGGUCUGAAGGACAGGAAGAAGGGUCAGGCCGGAGACGGCUCAGAGAAGAAGCCAAACAAGCCCAAAGUGGACGAGCUGCUGGUGUACCAUAAAGAGCUGGAGCAGGACUUUGGGUGCUUUGAGGACUGGCUCCACACGUUCAGUCUGUUCCGGGGGAAGGCCGGCGACGAUGACGACCAGGCCGUGGCGGACGACGACCGCAUCGUGGGGAGGUUCAAGGGAUCCCUGUGCAUGUACAAGCUCCCGCUCUCCGAGGAGGUGUCCCGGGAGGCGGGAUUCGACCCCAACAUGGGCAUGUUCCAGAGCAUUCCGCACAACGACCCCAUCAACGUCCUGGUGCGCGUGUACGUGGUCAGGGCGACGGAUCUGCACCCUGCUGACAUCAACGGGAAGGCCGAUCCUUACAUCUGCAUCAAACUGGGAAAAUCCGAGAUCAAAGACAAGGAAAACUACAUCUCCAAACAGCUCAAUCCCGUCUUCGGGAAGUCCUUUGACAUCGAGGCCACCUUCCCCAUGGAGUCCAUGUUGACGGUGUCUGUGUACGACUGGGACCUGGUGGGCACCGAUGACCUCAUCGGCGAGUCCAAGAUCGACCUGGAGAACCGCUACUACAGCAAGCACAGGGCCACCUGCGGAAUCUCCUCCCACUACUCUGUCCACGGUUACAACCAGUGGCGGGACCCCAUGAAGCCCACGCAGAUCCUGGCCAAGCUGUGCAAGGAGGGCAAGCUGGAGGGGCCCCAGUACGGGCCCGGGGGCCGCGUGAAAGUGGCCAACCGCAUCUUCCUGGGGCCCACCGAGAUCGAGGACGAGAACGGGCUGAAGAAGCAGACAGACGAGCACUUGGCCCUGGCGGUGCUGAAGCACUGGGAGGAGAUCCCCCGCGUGGGCUGCAGGCUCAUCCCAGAGCACGUGGAGACCCGGCCUCUCCUCAACCCGGACAAGCCCGGCAUCGAGCAGGGCAGAAUUGAGAUGUGGGUGGACAUGUUUCCUAUGGACAUGCCAGCCCCUGGCCCUGCCAUCGAUGUCUCCCCCAGGAAACCAAAGAGAUAUGAGCUCAGGGUGAUAAUUUGGAAUACUGACGAAGUCAUUCUGGAGGACGAUGAUUACUUUACUGGGGAAAAGUCCAGUGACAUUUUUGUUCGGGGUUGGCUGAAGGGUCAGCAGGAGGACAAGCAGGACACAGACGUGCACUACCACUCGCUCACGGGGGAGGGGAACUUCAACUGGCGUUUCGUCUUCCCCUUCGACUACCUGCUGGCCGAGGAGAAGAUCGUCAUCUCCAAGAAGGAGUCCAUGUUCUCCUGGGAUGAGACCGAAUACAAGAUCCCCGCCCGCCUCACCAUGCAAGUGUGGGACGCUGACCACUUCUCAGCCGACGACUUCCUGGGCGCGAUCGAGCUGGACCUGAAUCGGUUCCCUCGCGGGGCGAAGACGGCGAAGCAGUGCUCCAUCGACAUGGUGCUCAACGAGCAGGACCUGCCCACCGUCUCCAUCUUCAAACAGAAGAGGGUCAAGGGCUGGUGGCCGUUUGUGGCACGGGACGAGAACGACGAGCUGGAGCUCACGGGCAAAGUAGAGGCGGAGCUACACCUGAUGACAGUGGAGGAGGCGGAGAAGAACCCCGUGGGCCUGGGGCGCAACGAGCCCGACCCCCUGGAGAAACCAAACCGACCGGAUACCACCUUCCUCUGGUUCCUCAGUCCUCUCAAAGCGAUCCGAUACCUCGUCUGCAACCGGUACAAGUGGCUGAUCAUUAAGGUGGUGCUGGCCCUGCUGGUCCUGGUCAUGGUGGGCCUGUUCCUCUACAGCACACCCGGCUACCUAGUGAAGAAGCUGCUCGGGGCCUGAGGACGGCGAGGACAUCACUUCCUGACAGUUGCCAGGAAGUGACAUCAUUCCAACUUGAGCUCCGAGCCCUUUAACCCCUCCCCCCCACCUCACCCCCCCCCCCUUCUCUCCUCGCGACGGUUCUGCUUGGGUCUCGCAACUGACCCCGACUGCUUCGACAUUCCACCACUGACAUCGCCUGCCUUCUGGCGUCUGUGAAAUGUUUUAUUUAUUAUUUAUUUAAUUUAUUAAAUUAUGUUUUUGUUUUAAAAGGUUGACUGCGGUUUAUCGGUAACGGUUCUUAUUGCAUGGAUACUUUUGAGCAUUGUCGUAUUUUCAGAAAUUCUGAAGUGUUCCGAGAUUGUUUUAUUUAUUUCGUCUCUAGAUCUGAAGGAUGUUUGCAGACUGGGUUUUGAUUGACCUAUACAUUUAGCAAAAACUGAACGUUGCAAUUUCCUACGUAUAGCCAUUUCUCCUGUGGCUUAGGCAGUCUGUUGCACAGCUGGGUGUGUGCUAGCAACAACUCCAUUUUUGCUAAUUUGUGUAUGCAGAAAAUGGGUUAUUUUUUUAAACAACCUCUUUGACUUAAAACAUUUGGAUCAUUGUGGGAUUCCUUUUGGGUACCUUAGAAAUCACCUCUAGACAUUUUGGACUGAAGUGCAAAGAGAUGUCACAUAUAGUAUCCAUAAUGUGCAGUACAACUGAAUUAAUUAAGGUAGCAAGUAAC